AUGGAGCCCACAGGCUCAAAGCCAUGUGAACUAUAUCAAAACCAUCUUAAAAGGAAAGCGCAGGACAUACUCAAAAAUCACUUGAAACAAUCCAAGUCCCUCAUUCCAGAAUAUGGAGAGGUUCUUUAUGCACCACUGGUGCUUGACACAGAUGACCAGAGAUGCCCAGUGAUGACUAAAAUUAAACAGAAAAGCAAAAAGUACAAGGUACCUCGCACUAAAAAGCUGAAGGCCUACAUACCUUCAAAAAAUACUGAGAAAUCUCCUGAAGAUCUGCUGACAAAUGGGCAAGAUAUUUUGCUUGUUGGGAAACCAGGAAUAGGAAAGACAACCGUUAGCUUGGAAAUGAUCAACCUCUGGACUAAAAUGCAAACCAGAAGAUUGAACUAUCUGUUCUACUUUGAUGAGACAACACUUCCUAAAUUGUCAAAAACAAUUAGUUUAGAAAAGAUGUUGUUUAAUUCAUAUGUUGAGCCUCAUUCUGACAGAGAAGAUAUCCUUCAAGAUAUCAAGGAAAACUCUGAAGAUGUCAUCAUAAUAUUUGAUGGUGUCAAAGAUGUACCGUUCAACUCAAUCCUGUAUAAAAUACUGAGCAAAGAACUUCUCCCAGAGGCCAAGGUUGUGUUAACCUGUCGACCAGAACAUGAGGAGGUCCUUCCAGAGUGGAGCGCUUGUAGAGUGUGUGUGCAGGGAUUCAAUGAGGAAUCACUCCAGAAUUACUUGUCUUACAUACUUCAAGAUAAACCUGAUGAGUUGAGAUUGAUUAUGGGGAAUUUAGAGCUGCAAAGCCUUUGCCAUGUCCCCAUCCAUGCAUAUAUGGUUGCUGCAUGCAUGCUGUUUCCUAGUGCUAAGGUUCCUAAUUUGUGCACAGCAACAAAUAUCUACCUCCACAUUUUUCGGCAUCUACUGAUGAAAUGUAAGCAGCAUUUAAGGCUGACACGAUUGAACCACUUUAUUCAGCGUAGCAAGGAAAAAAUACUGCACUUGUGCAAGCUCAGUUUCAGUGCAAUGAAACAGCGAACCAUACUCCUAGAGGAUUGUGAAGACCACAACAUUGAGCGUAAUUUUCUGAAUCAACUUACUUUCAGGGAUAGCCCAACAUCUUCAGAAACACGGUGCAGUUUCCUCCACAACACAAUGCAAGAAUUCUUUGCAGCGCUUUGGCUGGUUGCUAAUCCCGGGGAAAUUGAUAGAGUUCUGAGCGACUGUAAGAAAGAACAGGGAAAACACAUGAGACAUGUGAUCUCCUUUCUGAGUGGGCUUUUCUCUGAGAAAAAUGUGUCUUUACUGAAGUGCCUGAUAACAGCAGAGGACAUUAAAAAAGCAUCCAAUGGAUUCCUUGAGAAACUUUUUGGCACAUUUCUGCAACCCUUGACAGAUCAUGGACAAGAGGAUACCCCAGAUGACAGCCAAGAAGUCUUAAUCUUUCUCUGUCAGUGCCUUUUUGAAAUGCAGUCCCAUCAGGCAUGCUCUGUGUUCCUCAACAAAAUCAGAUGCCGUUUUGAAUUUGAGGAUGGGUGUCUUGACCCUUAUCAGUGCUGUGCCAUAUCUUACAUCAUCAAGCAAUCAGGAGACCGCAAGGUUGUUUUAGACCUGAUAAAUUGUGAUAUUUCUGAAGAAAUGAUCAAGCUUAUUUGUGGCUGCCAUCAGCAUAUCAGGUAA